GGCAGAGCCAGGAUUUGAAGUAGGCAGUCGCUCCAGAAUCCGUGCUCGUGUCCCCCAUGCUCUACCUCCCCAGUGACACAUACAGCAAUAUCUGGAAGUACACAGGAUCUGUGGAUCUUAGAAGAGUGGGUGUAUCACUUGGAGUCAGGCCAUACAGAAACCCAGAAGAAUCCUCGUCACACUUGUCGUCAUCCAAGCGCUGAGUGAGCCCUGGGGCCCAAUUUCCCAAGAGCUCAAUCCAUUUGGGAUGUUGGCCUGGGCAAACAGCCUCUUCAGUCGGAACAAAUGCACCAACUGGGCUCCGAGGAGCUCCAGGUGCGCUGCAGACAUGGCCAACCAGACCAACACCUCCGCCCCAUUCUACAGCUACGAAUAUUACCUGGACUACCUGGACCUCAUUCCCGUGGAUGAGAGGAAGCUGAAAGCCAACAAGCAUUCCAUCGUCAUCGUCUUCUGGGUGAGCCUGGCGGCCUUCGUGGUGCUUCUCUUCCUCAUCCUGCUCUACAUGUCCUGGUCGGGCUCCCCGCAGAUGAGGGACAACACCCAGCACCACCCAACAUGUCCCUGGAGUCACAGCCUCAACCUCCCCUUCUGUGUCCGGAGGCACCCACCGCACCACAGGGACCCUCGGGGGACCCCGCAGGCUCCACCGAGCUCGGCUGAGGAACCAGGCAGCAGAGCAUCCGGCCGCGAUCAGCAGCCGCAGGGAGAGAGCCCCUCUGCCUUGUCCCCCACAGCCCCCCAGGCCCACUGUGCCCUCCUCUGGGAACUGACCCCUGAUGGGGACCCCCACCGCGUCAGCUGAUGUCAGGAAUGAGUCCAGCGAGCCUCCCCCUGGAGACUGAACCUCCGGACUGUAGAACCGACACCAGCAAACCACAGCCAUUGCCGAGGGAACCAGGGAACUCAGACCAACCUGGACACGCACAUGCGUUCAGAAAGCCCGUUCACACGUAGCAGGAAGCACAACCGGGUCAACAGUGACUCUGCCAGGAGGCAGACAACAUGCAUUUAUCCAAGGAUGGCAACGCCUAACCACCCAGCAUGGGAAAGUAGUCUCUGAUAUUGCUCAUUUUAUUUAGUGCACUUAAACUUGCUUAUUUACUGCUUAUGUUUGCUUUGGGAAGGGCAGAAAAAUAAAUAUGUAUGAACUAAAUUUAAAAAAUA